AUGAAAUAUUUAAUAGUAGGUAAAGAAGCUGUUGGAAAAAAUAUCCAAACGAAAAAAAGAGAAUUUUUAUAUUUUUUUAGGAUAAACAGAUUUAGUAGUACAGAGUUUAUUAAGAAUGAUAGUAUAUUUGAUUUGAUAGCAAAAAAAAAAAAAAAUAAUAAUAUAGAAUGGGACAAUAAAUUUAUAAAAAAUGGAGAAGAAAACAUAUUUUGUAAAAAUGAAAAAAGAAAAAAUAUAGAGUGUGAUAUAAACAACAUUGGAAAAGCCAAACAAGAAAGAGACAGUAUAAUUAAAAAAGGGAUAAAUAGUUUAGAACAUUCUGAUAAUGAUAUUUAUAAUAAUAAGUUGUAUAUUUUAAGAUAUGCAAAACAUUUAAAUGAAAAUGAUGAUAUAUAUAAAUACCGAUUUAUUACAAAAUAUGUGAUUAAAAAUAUAACAAGAUAUUAUGACAAUGAAAUAUUAUUUAUAUUAAAAAUAUUUGCAAAAAAAAAAUAUAAAAAUCUAAUUUUUUUACAAUGCACAAGUGAAUACUUUUAUUGGUUAUGUAAAUUAAAUAAAGGUAAUAAAAAAAAUAUAUCGUACUAUUUAUAUUAUUGUUCUAUUUUAAAUUAUAUACCAACUUUAAAAUAUGUAGAAGAAUAUAUAAAGAUAUUUGAUUGUUUUAUAUAUUUCAUGAAUUUAAAUAACCAAACUAAACAGAUAAAAUCCAACAAUUCACACAUUUACCUUAACUCGUAUAUCAAACAUAUUUCAUCAACUACUACACAAUCGUUAUAUGGAAAGUUUAUUGAAGAAGAAACAGACUAUUAUCAUAAAGAUGUAAAAUAUAUUAUAUAUCUUGUAUAUUUUUUAAAUAAAGCAAAUAUAAAAAAUGAAGUAUAUAAUAGAUUAUUGGACAUGUGUUGUUAUUAUGCUGGUCAUUUGACAUUAAAUAAAAGUUUUUUAUUAUUAAAUGUAGUUAUUGUAAAUAUAGAAAAUAAUAUAUAUAACUUUUCAAAUUUAAUUAAAAAUAUCCAUAAAAAUAUAGAAAGACAUAUAAAUGCAAUGGAUCAAUCAUAUUUUAUAAAAUAUAUAAAUAUAUUAUUAUAUAAUAACAUAAAAAUAGAAAAUAGUUUUUUUUUAUUUAUUAAAAAGUAUAUUGAAAAACAUCAAACAGAUUUAUCAGAAAAAUCCAUACUAGCUAUUUUAAAAAUAAAAAAAAAAAAAAAUUUUAAAGAUACAACUAUUUUAAAAAAUAUUUUAACUAUUGUUAUUAAAUCUUUUUAUCAAUAUACUUAUGACAAUAUAUUAUACAUCCUAAAAGUAUUAACCUUUUUCAAAUAUUUUGAUAAAGCAUUUUUUAAAUUUAUUUUUGACAAAUAUAUUCAAAUAAAUUAUUUAAGUCACUAUCAAAGACAAAAUGUGUAUACAAAUAUUUCGCAAAAUCAAUCUAGUACAUAUAUUAGUUCGGAAAAAUCAUAUUCACAAAUAAAUGAUAAAAUUAAUUUAAUAUUUGAUCAUAAAAGUGAAAACAAUUUCUUCAAAUCAAAUGGCCCAAAUCAAAAUAUAAAUUCACCAAAUAUAGAAUAUGAUCAAUUAAGACACAUUUACACAAAUUUUCAAGAAUUAAAACAAAAUGAAAAAACAAAAAAUAAAAAGAUAAACAACUUGUCACAUUUACCAUUACAUUUAGAUAUACAAGAAACAAAACUAAAAAUAAAUCCUUUAAAUAUUGUCAAUAAUGAAAUAGUGAGUUACAAUAAAAUGAAAAACCCUAUAUUAUUUAAUCUUGAAUAUAUAGACAUGUAUAUAACCUUAUUUAUAUAUAUGGGUGUAUCUUAUUAUCGUGAUGUUAUUAAAUUAAAUGAAUUGUCUCGAAGAAUAAAGUUCUAUUUGAUUUACACACAAAUACCAAAAUAUAAUAGUCUAUUAAAAAAAAAUGAUAUACCAGUUUUAAAAAAAAAAAAAAAUCAAUAUAUUGGUUUUUUUCAAAUUAUCGAUAAAAUUAAAGAACAUGAAAAUUCAAAUUUAAAGUUUGUAGACAAAACAAAAGGAUCGAUUUCAUUUCCUAUUAUACAUAAUGAAAAGAAUACUAAACAACGUUGUCAAUUUUCUAAAACUGUCAACAAAUAUUUGAAACAUUAUAAUGAUUAUGAAAAUUGUAAUAAAUUAAUAAAAGAAAAAACUAAAAGGUGUCUCCAUUUUAGUUAUAGUGAAACGGAAAAGAACCGUUUGGAAAAUUUAAAAAAAAAAAAAAAAAUAAAUAAUGAGAUCACAAAUAAACCAAUAUAUAAUACUAAAUAUAUGAAUGUACAGUGCUUUAAGGAAAGUAAAAUUAAUACAAAAAACAAAAUGAAUCAUAACUUAGACUUAAAAAAUGAAUUAUAUAAUAAAAAGAAAAAGAAAAAAUAUGUAUGGAACGAUUUUAUAUUCAAAUUUUUUCAUGGUUUUCAUCCUGCCUUUAUCCGACUUUAUAAUAGAAAGAUUUUCAACAAAUAUUUCAAUGAUUUGUAUAAAAGUGAAAAAUAUACAGAUAAAUCGGUUUGCAAUGAUUUAGUUAAAACUAGCAGACAAAAAAAGAUAACAAAUAAACAUAAGAUAAAUAUGAAGAAGUAUAAAAAAAUAAAAAUCUUAAAAGGUGUCUGCAUGUUAAAAUAUAAAAAUAUAUUUAAAAAUAAAUCAAAUAUUAUAUCAAAUUAUAUAAAUAAAAUGUAUGAAUGUAAACCUGAAGCCUCACAAACAUAUACAGGAAUAAUUGACAUGAUUUCAAAACCCAAUCAAAUUCAUAUUGAUGAUUUUAUGUUUAAUAAUAAUGAAAAUAAUAUAUCCUUAUUUAAAAGAAAAAUAAUAAAUAAAUACAAUAGUCUUAUUUAUAAUAGUGUUAAAAAUAUGCGUAAAGAAUAUUUAGAAAAUAAAACUGGAAAUAACAUAACAUAUGAUAGUGAAUAUAUAAAUGGUAAUAAAAAUUAUAUAAUUAAAUGGAUUUACAGAUUUAUAAAUAAUUCAAACAUUUUUAAUAAAAAUAAACAAAUUGAAAUAAAAUAUAGAGAUAUUCAAAAAGUGGCUACAUAUUUGUCUGAACAUUAUACUGAAAAUUUUCUAUAUAGUAAUACUAGUAUUAAUGAAAAAAUAAAAAUAAGUUUGAAAAAUAUUUCUUUAUUUUCAUCCUCUUUUACAAAUUUAUAUUUUUAUGAUAAAGAUUUUAUUGAUAUAAUAAUAAAUGAAGUUUUAUAUUUGAUUGGCAUAUUUUGUAAUUUACAAAAACAAAAAUGUCAAAUAAAAAAAUCAGAAAGAAUAAACAACGAUGUUAAUGUUAUAAAAGAAGAAAACUAUUAUGUAAGCCAUUUUGUGGAUAUAUAUAAAUUUUUAAUAAUAUGUUUGCAAAUAAAUAAUUUUAUAAAUAAUAUUUUAGAGGCAGAUCAAAGAUAUCAAACAUUAGAAAAAUUAAUAAAAAUAUAUACACAUAAUUAUUAUAGCUACUAUUUAAAAUGUGUUGUGAAUAUGAAUAGACAUAUUAAGAAUAUCAUUUAUAUAAAUGAUAAAUCUAAAAAUUUUGAAAAUAGUAUUAAUAAUAUGAAUAAUUAUAAAUAUAAAGAUGGAUCUUCAGAUUUAGUUUAUUUUUAUACAAAUUAUUUUGAUAUUUCUAUAUUUGCUAAUUCUUUUUAUCUUUUUAACAAACUAUUAUUUAUAAGUAUUCACAAUAAUGAUUAUAAACAAGUUCAUAAGAUGUAUUGUGAAUAUCUCAAUAAUUUUGCAUAUAAAAUAUCAGAAACAUAUUUGACUCAUUUAUAUAUUACAUCUAUUAAUAAUUUAAAGGAUGUAUCAUUAAACAAUUUUUCACUACUAUCUUAUUCGUAUAAUAAUAAAUUGGAUGUUUAUUUUAUAUGCAUUAAUUUUUAUAUUAUUUUUAUUUCAAAUCAAUUAUGGUAUUUUGAAAACCACAGAAAAGAGGGAUUAGGACAUGACAAUAUUUUACAAACAAAAAAGCACACUAAUUGUGAUAAACAAAAAGAUGAAUAUAAUUUGGAUAAUCAUAUAAUUAGCAAUAGUUCUACAAUAUUUGCUAACAAAUUUAAUAACCUAGAAUAUGAAAAUAAAAAAGAAGGAAACAAAAAAUACUUAAAUUUCUUUGAACGAAAAAAUAAACAUACAACUUGUAAAAAUUUAGAAAUAAAAAAUAUCAUUUAUAUAUAUAAAACAUUAAAUAUAUUUUUUAAAUAUAUAAAAUUUGUAAGGAAUAAUAAUUUUAUAACUGACAUAAACACUUGCAACAAAUAUUUUUAUCAUGUUAUUCAAUUUUAUUAUAUUUUUAAAACCCAAUUUAGAAAACUAAAAAUAAAUUAUAUAAAUGAACAAAAUUACCAUCAAAUAUUCCCUUUAUUUUUUAUAAAAAUUUUGAAUAAAAAAAAUAUCAAAGAAAUAUCAAUUAGUCAAUCUUUUUUUUUCGAAAACGAUCAAAAAAAAGGUUUACCAAAUCAAGAUAACUAUUUUAAAAACGAGUUUAUUUACAAUUAUUUCCAUGCCUUUUUUUCCAGAGAAAAAGAAUAA